UCCCGCGUCAAGUUCAUGUCAAUCGCUGAUUGGUUCCCACAUCCCACGUGCCUCUUGGGAGUUUGACGAUUUCUGUGAGCAAAACAAGACAAAACGUCUUGAGUAUCGAAGUUUUCAUAGGAAUUGUCAUUCAAUGGGCUACAAGACAGAAAUAUUCACGAGUACAGUAGAUGAAAACCUUUGCUGUUCGAUAUGCCGUGAAGUAUUUCAAGAUCCAGUGAGCUGUAAAUCUGGCCACACAUUCUGCAGAGUGUGUAUCAGUGAGUGGUUGAGGACUCAUAACAAGUGUCCACUGGAUAAUGUUGCACUUGCUGAGCAAGAUCUUGUGCAUAACCUUGCAAUCAAAGGCAUUAUAGAGAACCUACAGGUCUCUUGUCACAAUAAUGAUCAAUCUGAUGCAAAUAUUGCACCUGGACCAAAUAAAAAACCUCGAGUUGAAGAUGGUCAAACCUCUGAUGUAGAAGAAAGAUGUGAAUGGAUUGGAAAGUUAUGUGACCUUGCUAGACAUCAACUGGCUUGCCCUUUUCAACUACAAAACUGCCCUAAUUCAACCUGCUGUGAGAAGAUACAACGAAGAAAGGUGGAGGACCACAAGAGGGUGUGUYGGUUCAGGACAGUGGUGUGUAGAUCAUGUGGAAUGAGUUUAGUUUAUAAUGAACAAGUGAGACAUAAAUAUUAUGACUGCCCUAUGGAGUUGAUUUCUUGUACUAAUAAGUGCACUACAAGUUAUGGGACAAUUACAAAGAUUCAAAGGUGCAACUUGGCUGAUCAUAUAAACAAAGUGUGUGAUAAUGCAAUUAUUCCUUGUGCAUUUCAAGACCAGGGCUGUUCAGAUAAAAUUUUGCAAAAGGAUUUAGAGAAACACCUGCAGGAAAAGAUGUCCUUACACAUGUUGCUUCUCGCAAAAGAGAACAAACAACUGAGAAGAGAAUUAGCCAAAACUAAGGAAACAAAYAAAAGUUUCAUAUGGCAAAUUAAGCAAUUCCCAUCCAAAGCCAGUGGCUCUGAAACUGGCUCUUGCUUAUUGAGCCCGAUGUUUUGGUUGUGUGGCUAUAAGUGGAKAAUGAGGGCUUACCCGAAAGGGAAGGUUGAUGAGCGGUAUAUGACACUGAUGUUGAACAAGGUUGAGGACUGUGAUAAUAAUACACCAGAACAGCCAAACCAGAUCACUUGUGAGGGACUGAAUGCACAUGUUAUCUGCAGUCUUUCAGUGCUCAAGGCAAAACCUAAUGAGAGUGACUAUGUGAGGACAUUCAAUAUAGACAUGUACAAAGAUGCGCAAAAUUGGAUGAAUGGAUGGUCAGACUUCAUGCCUUGUCAUCUUGCUGUUUCACCCAAGUACUGCAACCAGUCUGGUGUAUUGAAUAUCCAAUGUACCAUNNAAGUCACUUACACUGAAUGAUCAUCAUGGUGUAUCACUCAAGUACUGCAACCAGUCUGGUGUAUUGAAUAUCCAAUGUACCAUGCAAGUCACUUAAGCUUAAAAUAUUCUGUUCCUCACAACAAGAAACUCUAUUUGUAUUAUAUAUGUUAAUAAUAAAUAAGUCAUUAAAUAAAGUGAACCUAUCCAAUAGCUUAACUUUAUGGCCACAYGUUAACACACGUGAGGCCUUGGUUACUGUUCUUAUAUCAUUCUUAUUUUGCAACAAGAUGUUUUAUAACAUAA